UGCUAUUCUAAAGUCAGGCCACUAGGUGGAGACAACACCAUCUCAAUCUAAUCAACAACCCAUCAUGAUAUUAGGACUGGUGGCUGUGCUUUUCCUCCUGGAGGAAUUGAAUGCAGAGUUGGGCACCACCCCAAACUUGAGGCACAUUGUCAUUGGCCGAUGCUACAAUUAUAUCACCUUAAUCAAUCCCAGUUCCAAGUAUGAUUGUGAAGGGAUCUGGAGAGAGUUUGAGGAGGCAGUGGUAAGAAGAACUCCAUGUAGUGUGCGAGUAAAAGACUACCAACGCAUGUUCCGAGCAACUCCACAAACGCUGCCCUGUGACAAGCUGCUGUUCUGGAGUAAGACACACAAUCUGGUACACAGCUACUCUGCAGCAACACGUCGUUUCUGGACUUUGGAGGACACAUUGGUGGGCUACAUGUUCAAUGACCUCAUCUGGUGUGGGAAGGAGGAGAGAGAUAGAGGAUUCAAUUUCAGUGCCUGCCCUGAAUGGUCUGAUUGUGUGAACCAUCCCGUUUAUUCUCUCUGGAAACAGGCAUCACAGAAUUUUGCAGAAGCCGCUUGUGGUAACAUCACUGUCAUACUUAAUGGAUCCAUUACAGAUGCAUUUAACAGGAAGAGUAUGUUUGGGGGUGUGGAACUGGACAGUCUGAACCCACGGAUGGUGCAUCAUGUUAACAUCAAGGUGGUAACCAACCUGGAGGGACCAUACAUUGAGUCUUGCACAGAGGGAUCCAUUGUGGACCUGAUCAAAAUCCUCCAAGCCAGAGGCUUCCGGUGGACCUGCACUGAUAACGACCUGACUCUGAUGAUUCUCCAAUGUAUGAAGAAUCCGAAGCAGUACUCCUGCCUCACCUGUGCAGACAGCCUCUUGAACAGGAAGAAGCCGGUUCUGUAAUGUCCCUGGAUGCAUAGUCAUUGUUACACAUUGAUUGUGUUGGUCCAUUAAUCUAUUCAUUAAUUGAGGGUACUUUCAUUAUAGUUACCUUAUUAACUCAGAAACCCUACAUUCAAUUCAUUUUGAUGAUUAUGUUGUAUGGUCUUUGUACAUUUGGUCAUUGGUUUUUAAUUUUCAAAACAAACCUUAGAAAACAGAAAAUACCUGUUGUAAUGUUGUAAUGGAACAUUUGGAUAUUGAAAACAUAUCAAAUUGAACAUAUUUUAAAUUGCACCUAUAAUCAAAUCAUUAAAUGGCUAGACUGAAUUUAAAUGCAUUUCUAUGUUAUUAGACUUCUACUGUGGAAUGUGUUGUCUGACCAGUCAUUACCACUGCAGAAUCUCCUUUUCCAGCAGGAAAGCUACAAGCUACAAUAUUUUUAAUGAUAUCAUGUACUAUAGAUGAUGAACUCCCCAAAUACGUCAUGUUAGGAAGCAUUCAAAUGACAUUGCUUCAUCGUUUAUCCUCUCUGGGAUGUUCUUUUUCAUACCCAAUCAUGUUCUCAGUUACCCUAAUUAGCAGUGAAAUAUUCCUCCUUUCGUUUUCUUAUGAAUCAUGACACAAUUUUUCCAGCAUGUUGU